CUCAUGAAGAUUGAGUAUUGCAUUCAGAAGUUCAACGUUUUCCCGAAAAUAUUGGAUUUAUUAACAUAAAAUGCAAAAAAACCAUACAUAAAAUCAAUAUGACAACAAAGUGGCGUUUCUAUUUAUCUACAAAAAUUACAUAAAAUCUGUUACGAACUUUAUUUUGUUACUAAUUAAAUAAUACUACCCGCCUACCCGGUAUUAAAGUUUUUCGACUAUAAUAUAACCUUCAUAGAUUUAGAAAAUGGGAGAGAUAAACAAUAAACAUUCAGAAUGGGAUUCAACCAAAGGCUUAAGAGAGCCUAUAAAGGCAAUCGAAGACAAAUGGAAAUUAGUACCAUCUUUUUUACAAAUAAAAGGAUUAGUAAAGCAACACAUAGACUCAUUCAAUUAUUUUAUUAAUGUGGAAAUCAAGAAGAUAGUGCAGGCAAAUGAAAAAGUUUUCUGUGAUUCUGAUCCUUUGUUUUAUAUAAAAUAUCUCAAUGCCUAUGUGGGAACACCAGAUUUGGAGGAGGGUUUUAAUGUUUCAAAACCGACAACACCACAUGAAUGUAGACUUAGGGAUAUGACAUAUUCCGCUCCUAUUACUGUUGAUAUAGAAUACAUAAGAGGAAACCAGAGGGUCAUUAAAAAUAAGCAGCUAAUUGGCAGAAUGCCUUUAAUGUUAAGGUCUUCAAACUGUGUGCUGACUAACAAAUCAGAUUUUGAACUUGCAAAACUAAAUGAAUGUCCACAUGAUCCAGGCGGCUAUUUUAUUAUCAGAGGUCAAGAAAAAGUAAUAUUAAUUCAAGAACAACUGUCUAGAAAUCGUAUGAUAGUAGACGAGUUCAAAGGGGCCAUACAAUGUCAAGUUACUAGCUCCACUCAUGAGAAGAAAACUAGAACUAAUGUUAUUGUUAAAAAUACAAAGUAUGUGCUGCGGCAUAAUGCGUUAUCUGAUGACAUACCAAUUGCAGUUGCCUUUAAAGCAAUGGGUAUUUGUAGUGACCAAGAAAUAAUGCAACUUGUUGGAACUGAUGACAACAUUGCAAAAAAGAUGGGACCUUGCUUAAUGGAUUGCCAUAACUUAAAGAUAUUUACUCAAAACCAAGCAUUGGCCUACAUUGGUAGUAAACUUAAAGUAAAAAGAUUUCAGUCAGCCAAUGCAAAAUCCAGAACUCCAAUAGAUGAAGCUAGAGACCUACUAGCCACUACCAUUCUCGCUCAUGUAGCUGUAGAAAACUAUAAUUUUUACGUAAAAGCUAUUUAUUUGGCUAUAAUGGUACGGCGCGUUAUAGAGGCAGAAACAAAUAAGUCUGCUAUUGACGAUCCUGACUACUACGGCAACAAAAGGCUGGAGUUGGCUGGGUCCCUACUGGCUUUGAUGUUUGAAGACUUGUUCAAGAGAUUCAAUUGGGAGUUGAAGUCUAUAGCUGACAAGAUAAUACCUAAAGUUAAAGCUGCACCUUUUGAUGUGGUCAAGCAUAUGAGACCAGACUUAAUUGCUAAUGGAUUAUUUACAGCAAUAUCAAGUGGUAAUUGGACAAUCAAAAGAUUUAAAAUGGAAAGACAUGGAGUCACACAAGUUCUGAGUAGACUGAGCUACAUAUCAGCAUUGGGUAUGAUGACCAGAGUUAAUUCCCAGUUUGAGAAGACAAGAAAAGUGUCGGGACCUCGAUCCUUGCAACCCUCUCAGUGGGGGAUGCUGUGUCCCUCUGAUACUCCAGAAGGAGAAGCCUGUGGUCUUGUCAAAAACUUGGCCCUCAUGACUCACAUAACUACAGAGUGCUCGGAGGAACCUAUAGCUAGACUAGCCUGCAACGCUGGGGUAGAAGAUGUAAGACUGUUAGGCGGGGAAGAAAUAAACCAUCCAGCUGUUUACAUGGUGUUUCUUAAUGGCAAUAUUUUAGGAGUUACAAGGCACUAUAAGAAGCUAAUAAAAAUAUUCCGAAUGUUUAGGCGGCGGGGCCUUAUAUCAGCGUUUGUUUCCAUUUACCCAAACCACAACCAACGAACUGUGUAUAUCUGUAGCGACGGCGGCAGACUCUGUCGACCUUAUAUUAUAGUAGAAAAAGGCUACCCACUUGUUCUACAACAGCAUAUAACAGAGCUCAAUAGGGGGAUAAGAAAGUUCCAAGAUUUUCUAACAGAUGGACUCAUUGAGUACCUAGAUGUAAAUGAAGAAAACGAUAGCCACAUAGCCACGGUUGAAGCAGAAAUCGAUCCAUAUGUGACCACACAUUUGGAAAUUGAACCGUUCACUAUAUUAGGAGUUUGCGCCGGUCUGGUACCCUACCCACAUCAUAAUCAAAGUCCAAGAAAUACCUACCAAUGUGCCAUGGGAAAGCAGGCAAUGGGAACGAUCGGGUACAAUCAGAAGAAUAGAAUAGACACCUUAAUGUAUAAUUUGGUUUACCCACAAUGUCCUAUGGUUAAGACUAGGACCAUAGAGCUGACGAAUUUCGACAAGCUGCCGGCCGGCCAAAACGCCACCGUCGCUGUAAUGAGUUACAGUGGAUACGACAUAGAAGACGCACUUAUAUUGAACAGGGCUUCCAUAGACAGAGGCUAUGGGCGCUGCCUCGUAUACAAAAGCGCUAAAACAACCAUGAAGAGGUACAGCAACCAAACGUCGGACAGAAUAUUGGGUCCCUCCAGGGACGGUACGACCGGUAAAGUCAUUAAGGCCCACGAGAUUUUAGACACAGACGGCAUCGCUGCGCCCGGUGAGAUGGUGGAGAACAGGCAGGUGUUGAUCAACAAACAGAUGCCUCCAGCCAACUUGAACCCAAUAAACCAGGGGCAGCCGCAGCAGAUAGACUAUAAAGACGUCCCUAUUACGUACAAAGGUCCAGUCGAAUCGUACAUAGAAAAGGUCAUGGUAUCUUCAAAUUCCGAGGACGCCUUCCUCAUCAAAAUACUGCUGCGUCAGACUCGGGUGCCGGAGAUAGGUGACAAGUUCAGCUCUCGUCACGGUCAGAAAGGAGUUACGGGUUUGAUCGUUCAACAGGAGGAUAUGCCGUUCAACGACCGAGGUAUCUGCCCCGAUAUGAUCAUGAACCCUCACGGCUUCCCGUCCAGAAUGACGGUAGGAAAGACUAUAGAACUACUCGCGGGUAAAGCUGGACUGAUGGAGGGGAAAUUUCAUUAUGGUACGGCAUUUGGUGGUUCAAAAGUUCGAGACGUGUGCAAUGAACUGGAAAAACACGGUUACAACUACCAAGGGAAAGAUUUCUUCUACUCUGGACUGACUGGUGAACCUUUAGAAGCUUACAUCUAUUCUGGACCUGUAUACUAUCAAAAGCUAAAGCACAUGGUGCAGGACAAGAUGCACGCUCGCGCGCGCGGGCCGCGGGCGGUGUUAACGCGACAGCCCACUGAGGGACGCUCGCGCGACGGCGGCCUGCGACUUGGCGAGAUGGAGCGGGACUGUCUUAUUGGAUACGGAGCGAGCAUGCUGAUGAUGGAGCGUCUGAUGCUGGCGUCGGACGCAUUCAGCGCGGCGGUGUGCGGGUCGUGCGGGCGGCUAGCGGCGCGCGCGGGCUGUCCCGCCUGCCGCACCGCCGCAGUCGCCACCAUAGACAUGCCCUACGCCUGCAAGCUGCUCUUCCAGGAGUUGGCUGCCAUGAACAUCGUGCCGAGACUCACGCUCAAGAAGUACCAUGAUGCUAUGUAACUUUGAAAAGGUUAAUACUAAUAUUUGACAAAUAAAUGUAAGACCGCACUACGCGAUUCACGUUCCAUAGAACUGACGUUUUACACACGUAAUUCUGGCGUUUUACAACCGUCAGUUCUAUGGUUGUUCUAUGGAACGUAAAGUGUCGCGUCAUGUUUGUCGCUUGAGUGCGGUCUCGACUCUCGCCUUAUUAGAGACAUAAAUGUUUGGCUUAUAUUAUGUUACUGAGAUUUAAAAAAUACACUACCGGCUAAACAUUUGACGUUUGUAACAGUUUUAAUACACAAUAGUUAAAGCUUUUUCUCCUAAACUUGGAGGCGUACGCCAAAAGAAGCAAAGCUUUUUCUAUAUAAAAUGCUUUUAUGCGAAUAAAUUUCGAGUUAGAAGCUUCCGAUUUGAUGGCAAAUUAAUGCCCUAUUUUUGUAAUAAUAAAUGUUAAGUAUGUUGA